AUGGAGCAUGAGAGAAAGGGCAAUGCUGACUCUGAUGAGAAAGUGGUGGUUGACAAUGCGGGUUUGGGUAAUUCUAGGGGUGGGGUAGCGGCAACGUCAGAAGAAGAGAGGUUAAGCCAUCAGGCGCAUGUGGGGGGCGAGGCUGGGCCCAGCGGUCGAGCGCUGAGCGACAGCCCUGAGAAUGUGAUCACAGUCGAUCGAACAGGGCUUCAGAAAGAGCUGGAGCAUCUGCAUGGGCAAGUCCCGGGGAAAGAGGAGGAGACCCCGCUGGCGAAGCACCUGAAGACGCUGAUUAAGUUCCGAGGGGGGCCAAUCACGCUCGCAGAGUACAUGAAGGAGGUUCUCACCAACCCAAGCGACGGCUUCUACAUGAAUCGAGACGUUUUUGGCACCAAGGGCGACUUCGUGACAUCACCAGACAUCAGCCAGAUGUUUGGGGAGUUGCUCGGGAUCUGGGCGGUCGUCCUGUGGCAGCAGAUGGGUCAGCCCAGGGAGGUCAAUUUGGUGGAGCUCGGCCCGGGCAGGGGGGCGCUCAUGGCCGACCUUAUGCGAGGCACCGCCCAAUUCGGUGCAUUCACCUCCGCUCUGCGAGUUCACCUCGUCGAAGUAAGCCCCGCCCUUCGAGACCUCCAAAGCAAGAAGCUCCAGUGUCAAGAACCAGGGCCCAGGCCCAGUGCUUCCGGACGUGACACCGACGCAGGGCCGUCUGUGAGCGGGAUCUCGGGCGUGCCGGUGACGUGGCACUCGAGCCUCGAGGACGUGCCACGUGGCCCAAUGAUUGCGAUUGGGCACGAGUUCCUGGACGCACUCCCAGUGCACCAGUUUCAGCGCACUGAGCUGGGCUGGUGCGAACGGCUAGUGGACGUUGCCCCGGACUGGAGUCAAAGACACUUACGACUAGUGCUCUCAAAAGGCCCUACCGUUGCGGCAAAGGUCUACCUCAAGAAACGGCUAGAAACGCUUUCCAUCGUGGAGCAAAAGAAUAACCCGGUCAUCGAAGUUUGCCCCGGGGCCGUCGACUUAGCGAAGGAGCUGUCGAAACGGAUCGGGGAGGACGGGGGCGGGGCGUUGCUGAUCGAUUAUGGGGAUGAUAAGCUGGCCGGAGACAGCCUGCAGGCGAUCAAGGAGCAUAAGUUCGUGGACUUGUUGCACGCUCCAGGAACUGCGGACCUGAGCGCGUGGGUCGACUUUGCGGCAGUCAAGACGGCUGCCGCAGAAAGCGGAGCGGACGUGCAAUCCUACGGGCCCAUCACGCAGACGCAGCUUCUGGCCCAGCUGGGUAUCAACACGCGCGUCGAGAAGCUUUUGGAGACUGCUACCGAGGAAGAAGCCGAGGCUCUAGAGCAGGCGUACCUGCGCCUGGUCGGCGACCAACCGGGCGACGAAAAGGCGGGGACACCGCCCGGAAUGGGCGCCAAGUAUAAGGCGGUGGUUAUUGCGAAGAAAGCACAGGGGCCGCCGUUUCCGUUCACGUGAUAAGCACGCUUUGACGGUGUUGACUCUGCUAUUGGCAAACUGGUUUGAGGACACGGACUAAGACAGGUGAACACGAAUAGCUCAGUGUCUCUCUGAUGCGCGUCGAUUGAAAAAGGUCUGUUUAGUAGCAACUUCCUCUUCUGGAAACCACGCUCAUUGCAGAGUUCGAAAUGAUUUGGUACGCAUUGCGCGCGUAUGUGGCCAAGCUUCGAAUUGAGAACGAGUCAACGAUCAAGCCUGGCUAAGUUCAUGGCGGUGCAACUUGGCAAGCCGUAGGAUAGUCCGGCCCGCAGACACCUCGCCCUAUGCAAUGAUUUUGCACUCCAUACAGAGACGGUCG